AUAUCAAAUGACAGUUAUAGACACUAAUGAAACAACUGAGAAGUUAGGUGAAGCAAGGCUCAUCUUCACAUAGGUUUUGAGUUUUAUUUCCCUUUUAGUAGUUUGUAAUUAAGCUGUAUUCCAGUACAGUUGAGGCAGGAGUGCUGUAUUUAACUGGCAGUGCAAUUACUGGGGAACUAUAAGCUAAGAGCAGAUAAACUUGUUCCACAAGCCGCCUGUUGAUGUGUAACUUGGAACAACAAUUCAGUGAGCAGGAAAUGGGUGUGACUGCUCCUCUGACACCUGUUCCUGGUGACGAUUCAGGCUCCAAAGAGUGGCAGCGCAGUGAAGUGCUGUUAAGGAAAAGACCUAGAGCCCACUGGGAAUCCAGGACCCUCAAGCGCUCCAACAUCCUCAGAAUGGCUCUAAUAGGGGAUACAGAAGGGGACCUGGGGAAGGGGUCAAGAGAAUCCUUCCUGGUAAAAGCUAUGAAGAUUGCACUUGUAGUGAUGCUCUACUGGUUUAUCUCCAUCACCAUGGUGUUUCUCAACAAAUACCUGCUGGACAGCCCUUCCUUGCACCUCAAUGCUCCUCUGUUUGUCACCUUCUAUCAGUGUUUGGUGACUGUUGUCUUGUGCAAGGGGCUUAACCUGCUCACCCAUGUUAUUCCACCCAAUGUACUGGAGUUUCCCUCUGUGAGAUUCGACCUGAAAGUUCUGAGAAGUGUUCUGCCUUUGUCCGUGGUGUUUAUUGGCAUGAUCACCUUUAACAAUCUGUGUCUUAAGUAUCUUGGCGUUGCAUUCUACACAGUGGGCAGGUGCCUUAGCACAGUUUUUAAUGUGAUCCUCUCAUAUGUCCUGCUGAAACAAACUACCUCCCUGUAUGCUCUGUUAUCUUGUGGAGUCAUUCUGGGUGGCUUCUUGUUGGGAAUAGAUCAGGAAGGAGCAGAAGGCACCUUGUCUUGGAUGGGCAUAUUCUUUGGUGUCCUUGCCAGUCUGUGUGUAUCUCUUAAUGCCAUCUACACCAAGAAGGUCCUCCCAGCUGUGGAUGGAAGCAUCUGGCGGCUAACCUUCUAUAACAAUGUUAAUGCGUGUAUUCUCUUUCUUCCUCUGAUGAUUGUGUUUGGGGAGCUGCAUACUCUGAUUCAUUUUGAUAAACUGAGCGAGUUACAUUUCUGGGGCAUGAUGACCGUGGGAGGCUUGUUUGGGUUUGCUAUAGGUUAUGUUACAGGUUUGCAGAUUAAGUUCACCAGUCCACUGACUCACAACAUAUCUGGAACUGCCAAGGCUUGCGCCCAGACUGUGCUAGCUGUGUUUUAUUAUGAGCAAACCAAAAGCUUCCUUUGGUGGACAAGCAAUUUAAUGGUGCUUGGCGGUUCUUCUUGUUACACCUGGGUGAAGGGUCUGGAAAUGAAAAAAGUUCAAGCCCAGUCUGUACAGAAUGGCAGUGAAGAGAAAAAUGAUUCUGGAGUAUGAGACUACAGUCUGCCCACGCAGGGUAUACAACCAUUGUCGUGGAGAGAAUAGCUAUCAGAGACGUAUGUGAAUAGAGGAAUGAAAAACUGAUUAUGGGAAGUCUAGGGCCUUAUGGUGAACAUUCUAUCACAUUCAGGGGUUUUGGCAACUAAAUAGCCAUAUGGCCAUGUCUGGCCUACAGUCCGACACGAGAACUGGUCUGAACUUAAAGGGACAGUCUAGUCAAAAUUAAACUUUUCAUGAUUCAGAUAGGGCAUGUCAUUUUAAACAACUUUUCAAUUCUCUUUUAUCAUCAAAUUUGCUUUGUUCUCUUGAUAUUCUUUGUUGAAAGCUAAACCUAGGUAGGCUCAUAUGGUAAUUUCUAAAAACUUGAAGGCCGCCCCCUAUUUCAAUGCAUUUCACAGCUAGAAGGAGUAAGUUCAUGUGUGCCAUACAAAUAACAUUGUGACCAUGCCCUUUUAUUUACAAGUGAGAGGGCACUGAUUGGCUAAAUGCAAGUCUGUCAAAAGAACUGAAAUAAGGGGACAGUCUGCAAAGGCUUAGAUACAAGGUAAUCACAGAGGUAAAAAGUAUAUUAAUAUAACCGUGUUGGUUAUGCAAAACAGGGGAAUGGGUAAUAAAGGGAUUAUCUUUUUAAACAACAAUUCUGGAGUAGACUGUCCCUUUAACUUCCACACGAGAAAUAAACUAAUCUAAUUUCUGGAACACUUUUACUUAAAUGGACAGUAACACAUUGUUAUUACAGGAAUUGACUCUGUCUUUUGAUAGAAUAACAUAUCAGCCAUGUCUUACCAUUUUUAAAGCAAAUGAACAUCUUGUUUGAUGUAAUUGUUUUUUCAUAGCAAAACUCCACCCAUCACAUCCGUCAUUUGGAGAUGCCAAUCUGGGCUUCAGUUUGCAUCUGACAAAGCUAGCCACAGUUAUCAGGGCCAAUUUACCAAUGUCUGGCAAACCUGAUACGCUGUAGCGUAUCAUGUCCGCCAGACAUUGCUGAAUGCCGACAGCAUCUGCUGUCUGCAUUUAACAUUGCACAAGCAGUUCUAGUGAACUGCUUGUGCAAUGCCAAUCGGCCGCUAGCAGGGGGUGUCAAUCAACCCGAUCAGAUAGGAUCGGGCAGAUUGAUGUCCACAGCCUCAGAGGCAGCAGACCAUUUAAGGAGCAGCGGUCUUAAGACUUCUGCUUCAAAACUACUGUUUCUGGCAAGCCUGGAGGCUCGCGUGGAAUCGGGCCAUUCAGCCCUUGAUAAAUCAGCCCCAUAAUGUUAGUAUAGAGUGCGUUGUUUUGCAGUUGUUAUCUAUUAAAGUCAAUUAGGGAAAGAUAUGUAGCACAGUUAGCCUUGAAAAGUCUGCAGGGUGUAUUUUUAGUCCUAAGAAUUAGACAAGCCACAAUUGUCAGAGCUAAAUGACAUGAAAAGCGGUUAAAAUAAAUAAAGUAUAGCGCAAAGUUGUUUUACUAAGCAUAACUAAAUAUGUUAUAUUAUAAUCUCAAGGUGUUUACUGUCCCUUUAACUGCUGUGUAUAUUUAAAAAAAAUAUAUAUCUAUCAUGCGUGUGUGUGUGUGUGCCAUAUGCGCUGUACAUACUGAUUUACUCUACGUUUCAUAGGUUUUUUUGUAUAUUUAGUACAGCUCCUAUGGCAGUAUUAGUAUAGAAAAACUAUAUAAAUAGCACACAUUUUUUAUAUAUAUACUACGUACGUUUUUUGGCCUGUGUAGGUUAUAAGUGUAAAUUUUGGAGUAAAUAACUCAGGACAAAUGUCAGUUACAUUCCAAUUUGAAUAGGAACAUGAUUUUGAAAAAUAAAUAAAUGAAACAAACACAGCAAGAUGAAAACCACAGCCCUGGUCCUAUAACGUAUUCUGCUACUGCAUCUGGGAUAGUGUUUUUGUAGUGGAAUCUUUACAAAUAAUGGUCUAGAGUCUGUGAAACGUAUUCAUGAAACUGGUAUCUCUGUUAAAAGCUCACCAGAAUUGUGUAAUUCAUAAAGAUUUGUACCUGUCUUAUCAUAACCGCAAGUUGUGAGAUCAGCUCCAUUGUAAUCAGAGGAGCUGUAUCUACCUCAUAACUGUUAACAUCUUGAUGUGUAGAAUGGGUUCCACUGUGAAACAUGCAGGGAUCACAAAAGCACUUUUAAAGCAUUACUUUAAAUGAUGUUGAAUUAUAUCUUUGAAUAGAUAUUUGCAAUAUAAAUGUAUUGGCAAACAUGUUUCUAGUAAAAAUUAUCACUGUUUAAGUGUUAACGUUUUUCUCUGCAUGUGAGGCAUAGGUGGAUAUUCUCAGUGCACCAGCAUUUUAAAUACUGCAGCUGCUCAGAGUGCCAGUGGGGCUAAUAUGUAACCAAUUAACAAAUUGAGUCAUUACUAGAUGGUACAACCACCUUAGGCUCUCUGAGCAAGAGAUGUGUUUAAAAUGCUGGUGCACGUUCCGUACUUGAAUACACUUUUGAAAUAGCUAUAGCUUUUAUUAGAAGCAUUUUUGCUAAUAAAUGUAUAUAAUAAAUAAAUUGAAAAUGCUUCAAUUCAAAACUGAAAUGUACCCAUGUGGGUUCCAAUUUUUUCCGGAAUAUCCCUUUAACAUAAAAGCUCACUUUACUGUUCACUCUAACAUGCAAAAACAGUAUAAUAUACAUCAGGGAUGGACUAUCCGUAGAAUGCGCACGCCGCAUUUUUCUCAAGGGGAUUACUGGAAUACUCCCCCCUCUCCGUUCUUCUGUUUCAGAAUUAGUUUUAUAAUAAAACAAAAUGCCUGGUUGUUGUUAUAUUGGCACCUACAAUCCAAUUUGAUCCAUGACUCCCUUUCACAAUGUGAAAAUGAUUAUCCAUAAUGUGAUCUGUAGAAGACACUGUCUCACGGUGUAACUUCACUAGACAAUAGAAGCCUUUUAACCUCUUAACUGUUGAGCCAUUUCCACCUCUGUGCUGAGCCGUUUUGGAGUUUUUUUCAUGCUGGUCACAAUCCCCACUGUAGGCCAUUUUUAAGUAAAAACCCACCCAUAUUAUGUAUUGUUUUAUUCAGCAGAUUUAAACUAUAAUGUUAUUUUAUGAAUAUAUCAUGACAAGAGAGGACUGUGCAACAAAAUGUGUCAAAAACAUGCAUAUUUUUAUUACAAUUUUAAUAAAUAAGGUUGCAAAAAGUA